AUGGAAUGUUGGCAUUAUGUGGAAGUAACAAAAUCUGGUCAACCGAUUUUAAGAGAAAAUGAAAAGGAUAUUUUAAUUGAAGAUAAAAUUGGGUUAUAUCAUGGUAAAAAUAGAAUCAAAAAUCGUCAAUCUGGUAGAUUAUUUUUGACUACCCAAAGACUUAUAUAUGUAGAUGACGUGAAUCCUGUUAAAUACUCAGUUUGUUUAGAGUUAGAUGAUAUAGAUCAUCUGGAAUAUUCAUCAAGGUUUUUGAAACGAUCUGCAAAAGUAAUUUUGUUUUUACUUGAUAUGGGCAAUUUAAAAAGUGGUGGCCAGUCAACGAGCAAAGCGGAAGGACCAAUUAAUGAAGUUUCCACUUGGGUUUGCCCUAUAUGUAUGUUCACCAAUGAAACAGAAGGGGUAUUAACAGAAAAUACUUUCCCAUCGCCAAUAUGUGAAAAUUGUGGGGUUCCUUUAGUUUAUGAGAUGACAAUGAACACAAUUAAUAUAAUUGAUAAUAAACUGGGUAAUUCUGAUUCUAACUUAGAAGGCUCGGGAGAGAAGAAUCUCAAUGCAUGUCCUGCUUGUACUUUCAUUAACCAUGCAUUGAUAAAGAACUGUGAAAUUUGUGGUGCAAGGUUACCGAAUGCUAAAAUAAGGAGUCACAAUGUCAAUCAUGAAGAUUCUAGAGUUUUAAUCGAAUUAGAUUGUAAACUUCUCAGAGACAAAAGUAACAAAAAUUCAAAUCUAGAGGCAGAUUUUGUACAAUUUAGUUUUAGGAAGGGAGAUGGCUUGUUAUUUUCUCAAGCAUUGGAAAAAUCACUAGAAGACAUCAAGAAUCUAAGACAAAAAAAUUCAUUUAAUGAGGGUAUUGUGUCGAUCAAUGGUAUUUCUAUUGGAAUUAAGGAAACCGUUGAAUUACCUUACCUCGAAAAGAGAUUAAAUAAAUUUGGUAUCACGAGUUUAGAAAAUAGCAGAGAGACUCAAUUAGCUAAUAACGAUAUUCUUUUGAGUAAUGCAUUAACAGAUUUAAAUCAAUUAAUGUCACUUGCUAAUGAUAUUGAAAAAGUAUUUAAAACUCAUAUGAAAAAUGAAACCGACAACUUACAAAACAAACCUUCAUUUCUUAUUGACAGGGAAAAGUUUUAUAAUAAAUCCAUGUUCUUGAAUGAAAUUGCUCGUGAAAUUUUUCAAUUCGUGAUUACAGAAUUCAAAUCUGAAAAGAACGAUGAUAUAAUAAUGGUGACCUUAGUUGAUCUUUAUGCUUUAUAUAACAAGACAAUGAGAAUCGGUAUGGGAUAUAUAUCUCCAAGCGAAAUGAGGGAAGCAUGUGGAAGAUUUGAAGUAUUAGGGUUAACUUCUUUAAAAUUGAAAAAGCUUAAUGGCCGUGUUUUGUGUCUUUCUUCUGAAAACUCAUUUGAUUACAUCAAUAAUCAAAUCAUUAAAUUACUGGAAGAUGAGCCUGGUUGUGAUAUUUUACAAAUUACUCAAACCAUGAACAAGCAUUCAACAGGUACUUCUUGGACAAUAGGUAUCAUAACCGAGGUGUUAGAAAAUUGCAUAAAUAAAGGUGAAAUUGUCAUUGAUGAACAAUUAAGUGGAUUGACGUACUACAAAAAUGAUAUUUGGAUAUGA